UUUACUUACUAUACGUUAUUAGGCAGGUAGCAAAAGGCUUGUUCUUUUUAGCUGAACUUUUGCACCAGUUCAUAUUUCUUCCUUCUCUCUUCAAGAGGAAAAAAAAAAGAAAAAUGAACUGAUGCAAAGUUCAGCCAAAAAGAACAGGCCUAAAGAGUGACAAGAGUGCGCACAAAAUAAAUGAGGCACUGAAUUUUUUUGUCAUCAUGUUUCGUCAAAUUGCAUUACGUGUAUGUCCAACAUGGCUUGAAAAUAAACUUAUGUUUUUGUAUUUCAGGGGUAUGUUUUAUAUAUUUGUCCGUUUGCAUUUGACAUCCUUGUGCUGUAGCUACCCAAAGAGUGCUUCUGUCAAUGGCAGAUCGCAUAGUCUAAAUGCAACAGUAGAUCAUUCCAAUAUGAAAGUACAAAUAUUACCAGCCCUUCAAGAUAAUUAUAUGUAUUUAAUUAUCGAUGAAGAAACACAGGAAGCUGCUAUUGUAGAUCCUGUCGAUCCAGAAGCUGUAACUGCAGCUGUCCAACAAAAUGAUGUCAAAUUAACAAAGAUUUUAACUACUCAUCAUCAUUGGGAUCACUCGGGAGGAAACGCCAAGUUAUCUAAAAGUUUCGCCGAUCUCAUGAUAUAUGGUGGAGAUGACAGAGUAGAAGCCAUUAAUCGUAAAAUUGUGCACAAUGAUACAUUCAGUAUUGGCAAUUUAUCAGUCAAGUGUCUAGCAACACCGUGUCAUACACGUGGGCACAUUUGUUACUAUGUCACAGGAGAAGGACAAAAUUCACCAUCUGUAUUCACAGGGGACACGCUGUUUGCUGGAGGCUGUGGGAAAUUUUUCGAAGGUACCGCAGAUCAAAUGUAUAAAGCACUCAUCGAAGUUCUAGGCUCUUUACCUGAAGCGACAAAGGUGUAUUGUGGACACGAAUAUACUAUCAACAAUCUCAAGUUUGGUUUACACGUGGAACCUGAGAAUGUGGCAAUACAACAAAAAUUGGAUCAGGUACACAUUCAACGUGCUAAUAAUCUUCCAACAAUGCCUAGCACUAUUAAAGAUGAAAAGCUGACAAAUCCGUUUAUGAGAGUGCAUGAAUUAUCCGUUAUGAAACACACACAACAAAAUGAUCCCAUUCAGACAAUGUCAUACUUACGGCGUGAGAAAGAUAACUUUAAAGUUUAAAUUUUCGAUAAAACACUUUCAUUUUUAUAUUCAUCAAAUAUUUAUGUAUGUAGUUGUUAAUAUAAAUUUAAAAUAUAAAAAAUAGAUGACUGAAACAAAUUUUAUUUUUAUGUUCAUAUGUAUGAGUUCAUAUGUAUGAUAUCCAAUAACAAAAUAUUCAGAUAUCUA